AUGUCUGAUAACGUUGCUCAUGCUCUCUCUGGUGCCGGUGGUGGUAUCGUCUCCAUGGCGUUGACUUAUCCUCUCGUGUCUAUCAGCAGCCGUCUUCAAGUUCAAAAGAGUGACCAGGAUAAGGAAGCCUACAAGAACACAUUGGAUGCCUUUGUCAAGAUUCUCGCCAAGGAAGGUCCAAAGGGUCUUUAUGCUGGCUUGAGCUCGGGUGUCUUUGGCAUUGCUGUCACCAACGGUGUCUACUAUUACUGCUAUGAAGCUGUCAAGGCUGUUUUUGAAAAGGCAAAGGGUAAGGGCAAGCCCAUGUCCACUGCCGAGUCCAUGCUUUCUGGUGCUAUUGCCGGUUCUGCUGUUGUCCUUGCUACCCAUCCUAUUUGGACCGUCAACACGCGUCUUACUGUGAGAAAGGGCGUUGACUCUGAAAAGAGCAAAAAGGACAAUGCUUUUGCUGUUGGUAUGCAAAUCUUGCAAAAGGAGGGUAUCGCAGGUCUCUAUUCAGGUGUUAUGGCUGCAUUGGUGCUCGUUAUCAACCCCAUUAUCCAAUACACCGUCUUUGAACAAGUCAAGAACAAGAUCUCCAAGAUGAAGGCUUUGAGCAACUUUGACUUUUUCUUGUUGGGUGCUUUCAGCAAGUUGUGCGCUACUGGUAUCACUUACCCUUACAUUGUUGUCAAGUCGCGUAUGCAAGUCAGCCAAAACCCUGACGAGCGUUAUACCUCCAUCUGGGAUGGUUUCAAGAAGAUCAUUGCUAACGAAGGCAUUGGUGGAUUAUAUAAGGGUAUCAGCUCCAAGAUUGUGCAAAGUGUCUUGACCGCUGCCUUUUUGUUUAUGGCCAAGGAAAUGUUGUUUGACUGGGCCGUUUGGGUGCUUGUCCUUGCUGGUGCCAGAAAGGCUCGUGUUGCUUCUGCAGCUGCCAAAGCAUAA